AUGUCCCAGCCGGCAGGGAGGAUGCAUUGCCGAAAGGCGGGGAUCCGCGCCGCGGUGGUGCUCAUCGGACUCCUGCACAAAUCCCGAAAACAGAAUAAAGAGAAAAGGAAGCAGGAGCUAGCCAACAGCUCUGAGGUGAGCCUCCCAGACCGGCCGCUGUCCCCUCCUCUCACAGCGCCUCCCACCAUGAAGUCAGCAGAGUUCUUCGAGAUGCUGGAGAAAAUGCAGGGGAUCAAGCUUGAAGAGCAGAAGCCAGGACCCCAGAAGAACAAGGAUGACUACAUCCCGUACCCCAGCAUCGAAGAGGUUGUGGAGAAGGGAGGCCCGUACCCUCUGGUCAUCCUGCCCCAGUUUGGGGGCUAUUGGAUUGAGGAUCCAGAGAAUGUGGGUACACCAACGUCACUGGGCAGCAGCAUCUGUGAAGAGGAAGAAGAGGACAACCUUAGCCCCAACACGUUCGGCUACAAGCUCGAGUGCAAGGGCGAAGCCAGGGCCUACCGCAGGCACUUCCUUGGCAAGGAUCAUCUAAACUUUUACUGUACUGGCAGCAGCCUGGGGAACUUGAUCCUGUCCAUCAAGUGCGAGGAAGCUGAUGGGAUCGAGUACCUUCGGAUCAUUCUCAGGUCCAAACUGAAGACGGUGCAUGAGCGGAUCCCCUUGGCGGGACUGAGCAAGUUACCCAGCGUCCCUCAGAUUGCAAAGGCUUUCUGUGACGACGCAGUGGGGCUGAAAUUCAACCCUGUCCUGUACCCCAAGGCCUCCCAGAUGAUUGUGUCCUACGAUGAACAUGAUGUCAACAACACAUUCAAAUUUGGGGUCAUUUAUCAAAAAGCCAGGCAGACCCUAGAGGAGGAGCUGUUUGGGAACAAUGAGGAGAGUCCAGCUUUCAAGGAGUUCUUAGACCUGUUGGGGGACACGAUCACACUGCAGGACUUCAAAGGUUUCCGAGGAGGCCUGGAUGUGACCCAUGGACAGACAGGGGUGGAAUCAGUGUACACGACAUUCCGGGACAGGGAGAUCAUGUUUCAUGUCUCCACAAAGCUGCCAUUUACUGAGGGAGACGCCCAGCAGCUCCAGAGAAAGAGACACAUUGGGAAUGACAUUGUGGCCAUCAUUUUUCAAGAAGAAAAUACACCAUUUGUCCCAGAUAUGAUUGCCUCCAAUUUCUUACAUGCCUACAUUGUUGUGCAGGCUGAGACCCGGGGCACAGAGACCCCAUCCUACAAGGUUUCUGUCACCGCACGGGAAGAUGUGCCUGCCUUUGGCCCACCUCUGCCCAGCCCCCCUGUUUUCCAGAAGGGCCCGGAGUUCAGGGAGUUUCUGCUCACCAAGCUCACCAAUGCAGAGAAUGCUUGCUGCAAGUCGGACAAGUUUGCAAAGCUGGAGGACCGGACAAGGGCUGCCCUCCUGGACAACCUUCAUGAUGAGCUGCAUGCCCACACACAGGCCAUGUUAGGACUGGGCCCAGAGGAGGACAAGUUUGAGAAUGGGGGCCACGGAGGAUUCCUGGAGUCUUUCAAGAGGGCUAUCCGUGUGCGCAGCCACUCCAUGGAGACCAUGGUGGGCAGCCAGAAGAAAUCACAUGGUGGGGCCAUCCCUGGCAGCCUCAGUGGGGGCAUCUCUCACAACAGUGUGGAGGUCACCAAAACCACCUUCUCGCCUCCGGUGGCAGUGGCAACAGCGAAGAACCAGUCACGGAGCCCCAUCAAGCGGCGGUCAGGGCUCUUUCCUCGUCUACACACGGGCUCUGAAGGCCAGGGGGACAGCCGGACACGAUGUGACAGCACAUCCAGCACCCCCAAGACUCCAGAUGGAGGACACUCUUCUCAGGAGAUAAAGUCUGAGACUUCAUCCAACCCCAGCUCUCCUGAAAUCUGCCCUAACAAAGAGAAGCCCUUCAUAAAGUUGAAGGAGAAUGGUCGAGCCAACAUCUCCCGCUCCUCCUCCAGCACCAGUAGCUUCAGCAGCACUGCAGGGGAGGGCGAGGCCACAGAGGAGGGUGACAGUGGGAGCAGCCAGCCAUCUACAACCUCGCCCUUCAAGCAGGAGGUGUUUGUCUACAGCCCGUCCCCGAGCAGCGAGAGCCCCAGCCUGGGGGCAGUGGCCACCCCUGUCAUCAUGAGCCGGAGUCCCACGGAUGCCAAAGGCAGAAACUCCCCGAGAUCAAACCUGAAAUUCCGCUUUGAUAAGCUCAGCCAUGCCAGCUCUGGUGCGGCAGCUUCUCCCUCCUGUGUCUUUGGCCAAGGCUAG